UAGAGCAUCCAGUUCAGUUUCGUUAUAAAUUCUUAAGCCACCAGGAUGAAAUUCAUUCCAUUGCACACGAAAAACACUGAAAUUAUGUAUAAAAAUUCAAUUUGCUCCUCGGCAGCAUUGAUUGUCUUCGUCUUGGUCAUUUUAUCAGUUAUGAUUCCCGUCCUUUUGGUCUCUAUUCUUAGUCCUUAUUCGGGAAUCUCUGAAUCGCGAGUGCUAUAUGAACAACCAAAAGUUAUGUAUACGUUUCAGUACUUAUUUCUUGGUGAAUUAGGUGGUGAGGAGAAUCCUUUGGUGGCAUGCAGCACCUUUGCAUAUUUCAAUAGCCGCACAAAUGAAUGGCAAAAGUAUUGUGAUACUGCUAAGUUCACUUCCCAGGAUCAGAACUUCGAUAGUCGAAUGGAUACUGCAAAUUUCCAUCUUAAUUUCGACGAAUUGCCUGAAAAACUUAUGAGUUUCGAUUUGCUUCUCAUUUUCGAAGCCACUCUUCGACACAAAUGUCAUCUGACUCCUCCAGCUGCUCUGAUUCAUCGUUUAGAAAUUCCAAAGGAUGGAUUUUCGAAUGGAAUCAUUAAAAUGAAAGGUUACCUUAGACUGAACCAAAAUGCAGAAUUCAUAUGUCCAUUCUAUGGCCGCAGUGCUAAAACUCACUUCAGAGGAGAUGUUCUCCCCAAAAACACAUCGAACAUGGAAUAUUUUCAAUUCGAAUACAUUCAGGAGCGAAUUCGAUCGAAUCCGGCAUUCUUUGAAUUGGACAUCACUGAAACUUACUACAAACCAUCACCAGAGGAGGGUCUUUCAAUUCAAUUGCAAAUUGAUGUAGUUCAAGUUCCAGCUCGAUACCAUCUAAGUAUAUGGGAACGUUGUGGACAGUUCUGGUUGUAUUUUGCAUCGUUCUUCGGUAUUUCCUUCUACAUUAUGAACAAAAGUAAAGAUUUUCUUUUUGGAAGACAUAUUCUUCGAUCGUGGGAGGUGAUUCCAUGGAAGAAAAUCUAUUAAUUAUAUAUUUGUUCAUAUUUUGGCCAGAAAAAGAAGACUUAUUGUAAUGGAACUUCCUUAAAGCGCUCAUUUUUAAUAAAUAUUCAAUAAAAUAAGUUUGA